AUGGGAUUUUUACGACUUCCAUUACCACUUUUUGUAUUAUUUAAUACAUUUUUAACAACUUUUAUUGUAGGAUUUUUAAUUACUGAACAUAUAUUUUAUAAAGAAAUAACAAAUUCUGAAAUGAAAACUAUGUGUUCUAAAAUAUUAACUGAAAUUUGGACACUCUUAAUUUUUGUAUUACCUGAUUUAUCAGAUAUUUCUAUAAACAUAUUAGUAAUUCUUACUCUUUAUAUCUCAAUUAAAAUACAUAAAAUUUUGAUUGAAAUAAGAAUUAAUUUAUAUAAUGAAACUCAAAAUUAUUAUUAUUCAAAGAGAGUAAGUAUGUUUAUACUAUCAUUAAUUCUAAUUAGUAUAGUGACUAUGAUACUUUUACAAUAUUCUAAAAUGGACUUUGUUUCAUUCCAUGUUUCAUUAAUCCUUUAUUGUUUUUUCAAAAUUCUUUUUCACUCACUUAUUUGUGAUGCUUUACAACAGAUUUUCUGUUUUGUUCAUUCUCUUUAUGGAUUCCAGUGGAAAUAUUAUACCUUAACAAAUUUAACAAUAAAAUCAAUUGAUGCAUCAUUGACUAGUUUUACACUCUUUAAUCUCUUUAAAUCAUUGCUUCCAACUGUGUUUAUUGGAAUAUUAGUAUUUUCCAUUAUGCGUUUUUAUAAAUCAAUUAAAUCUGUAAAUCAAUUAAUGAAAUAUAUUUCUUAUUCCUAUUUAUUGGAUCAAUUACCAUUAGUACAUUAUGAUUCAGAAGAAGAGCAUGAGUGUGUAAUUUGUAGGGAUACUCUUACUGAAGCAGUGCAUCUUAGUUGUGGACAUGACUUUCAUGUUAGUUGUUUAAAAGAAUGGUUGUCAGGAGCAUCAGAUUGUCCAAUAUGCAGAAGUCAUAUUAAUCUUAAUGAAAAUGAAGAAGAAGAACAAGUUGAAAUUAAUCCAACAUGGAAUGUACAUGAAAUAUAA